GUGGACACGCGGUGGUGGUGAUGAAGGCUCUGGCCCUCUGCUUGUUUCUCAGUUGGUCAACUCCAGUCCGACCCCGAGUGCGUGGCUCCGCCCCUUUACGAGCAUCGGACACCGUCGGCACAACAAAGCAUGUGUGGCUCCGCUACAUUGUCUCUGCUCUGAACGUGCGGAAUAUAAUAUAUAAAUAAAUAUAUAGGAUUUUGUCGGAUUUCCUGCCGUUUGCUUCCCCACUGAUGCUAAUCCUAGAGUAGGUAAGAUGAAUUUCAAGUGGCUACCAUGACAACAGAGGCAAGUGCAGUGAGUGAGGCAGACACUGAGGGCAAGCAGAAGGCCAGUGGAACAGAGCCAGAACCUGAACCAGAGAACAAGCAGAAGCCAGAGGCAGCAGCUUCCGAACCAGAGGAGGAGCAAUCGAGCAGCAAGAAGGCCCAAGAGCAGGGCUCUGAGCCUGGGCCUGCUGACAGCGCCACGUCCCCUGAGGAAGAACAGCUGAAGCCUCGUACCCGGACCUCUGCUGGAAAAGGCCUGUCUCGCCUCUUCUCGUCUAUCCUCAAACGGCGCUCACAGUGCUCCGAGGGAGAAGGGUUUGAGGCAGAGAAAUCUAAGGAGGAAAAGACUGAUAAAGAGGAAAAAGCUGACACGGAAAAGGAGGAGAAGGUGGAAGAGGUGAAAAGUGAAGAGAAGGAGGCUAAAGCAGAGGAGGAAAAGCCUGAGGUGAAAGAAGUGAAUAAGAAGGAGGAAAAGGAACAAAAAGAGGAGAAAAAGGAGGUGGAAAAAGUUGAGAAGAAGGGCAGUAAAAAGAAAAAGAAAGAGGCCAAGAAGAAAGUGGAGGAAAAGAAUGAGGAGAAAGUAAAAAAUGAUGAGGUAACAAAUGAAGAAAAACACGUGAAAAAAGAGGAGCAGACAAAGGAGAAAACACAGAACAGCCCCGAGAAAAGUGAGGGGAAAUCUGAAACUAAAGAAGAAAAGAAGCAGACUGGUGAGGGUAAAGAAAAGGAGGCAGCUGUCGGAAAGAAAGAGGAGGAAAGAAUUGACAAGAAGGUGACAAAGAAAAAAGAAAAGGAAGAAAAGGUAAAGAAGAAGGAAGAGGGAAAAGCCAAGCGGAAAGCCGAAGAGGAAGAAAGGGCAAAGAAGAGAGAGGAAGAGAAAGGAAAGAAGAAAGAAGAAGAAAAGGCGAGAGAGGCUGAAAAGGCAAAGAAGAAGGAGGAGGAAAAAGCCAAAAAGAAAGAGGAGGAAAAAGUGAAGGAGGAGAAGACAAAGAAAAAGGAAGAGGAGAAACCAAAAGAGGAAUCAAAAAGGGAAGAUGAGGAGAAGGUGACAGAAGAGGCAAAGAAAAAAGAGGAGAAAGAGGAGGAGGAAGAAAAAGAGGAAAGGGAGGAAAGGGAGGAGGAAAAGCCAACGAAACAAGAAGAAAAGGGGAAGAAAAAAGAGAAGGGGAAGAACAAAGGAAAGAAGGAGGGGAAAGAACCAAGUGAGGAACAGGUGAAGGCCCCAAUUGCUGCUCCAGAACCUGAGCUCAAAACGGAGCCGGAUAUUGAACAGGCUCCCGAUCAGCACUCGAUAAGCAGCGCAGAGACACAGCCAGUUCAAGAGGAACAAAAGGAAAAGGCUGUGAUAAAGGAGGAACCCGAAGUCGUGGAAGAAGUGAAGGAGGACAACGCAGAAGAAAAGGAGGAAGAACCAGCAGUGCAGGAGAAGGAAGAUAAGGGAGAGGAAAGGAAGGAGAAGGAGGAACCACUGAAAGAAAAGAAAACGGAGAAGAAGAGAGAAGAGGCUAAAGUCUCCAAACGCCAGAAAACCAUGCAGUGCAAAGUCACCUUACUGGACGACACUCAGUUUGAGUGUGAGCUUGAUAAACAUGCUAAAGGUCAGGAACUUUUGACAAAGGUGUGUGACCACAUCAACCUGGUGGAGAAAGACUACUUUGGCCUGGCUAACUGGGAAACACCAACCAGUAAGACAUGGUUGGAACCCACAAAAGAGAUCCGAAAACAUGUACCAGGUGCUGUGUAUGAGUUCACAUUCAGUGUGAAGUUCUACCCUCCUGAUCCAGCACAGCUUACGGAAGACCUUACCAGGUAUCUACUUUGUCUCCAGCUGAGGAAGGACAUCAUGCGCAGCAUUCUUCCAUGUUCCUUCGUCACACUAUCCUUGCUGGGUUCCUACACGGUUCAGUCAGAGCUUGGGGAGUAUGACCCGGAGCUCCAUGGAGAAGACUAUCUGAAGGAUCUGAGCCUGGCCCCGGGACAAAGCAAAGAGUUGGAGGACAAAGUGAUGGAGCUUCACCGCACAUACAGGUCAAUGAGUCCUGCUCAGGCAGACAUAUUGUAUCUUGAAAAUGCCAAGAAACUCGCCAUGUAUGGAGUUGACCUGCACCAAGCCAAGGAUCUGGAUGGUGUUGACAUUACACUGGGGGUUUGCGCUGGUGGUCUGAUGGUUUACAAGGACAAGCUGAGGAUCAACCGUUUCCCUUGGCCCAAAGUGCUCAAGAUUUCUUACAAACGCAGCAGCUUCUUUAUCAAAAUCCGACCAUCUGAGCAAGAACAGUAUGAAAGCACAAUUGGCUUCAAACUGCCCAACUACAAAGCCUCAAAAAAGCUGUGGAAAGUUUGUGUUGAACACCAUACCUUCUUCAGGGUUUCAACAGUGGAACCCCCCCCCUCGUCACGUCGCUUCCUGGGCUUGGGCUCCAAGUUCCGGUUCAGUGGACGCACUCAGGCCCAGACCCGCCAGGCAAGCUCCAUGAUCGAUCGCCCAGCCCCUCGCUUCACACGCUCUGCAAGCAAGAGGCUGUCCCGUAAUCUAGAUGGAGCUGGAGAUGACACUCUCCAGAUUCUGCAGCAACACUCUGCAUCAACCAGGUCUGAGACUGAUGACUGGUGGUCAAUGCUCUUGUCCGACAAACCUCAGCCUUCUCCUGAAUUCCCAGCUAGUGGGGAAUCCAGUCAGACUUUCUUUCAGUCCCAGGAGGAGGAGCAAACUGGACAGACAGUCACAGUAAUCUGGCAGGACACUGGUCAGACUGGUUCUCAAACCACCACCCAGUCAGUCAGUCAGCCAUCGGAUGAGCUGCAGCAGUGGAGGAAGGAAGAUGAGUGGUCUGAACUGCUGUAUCGUCAUCCUUCUUUUCCCUUUAUCCCACCUUUUGAAUUUGUCAAACAGCCAGCCAAGCUCACCUUGACAAAAAUGAGCUCAGUGGACAGGCUUUUGCAACCUGCGCUGAAAAAUGACGAUGACUGGUUCCUGUACUUUGACCGAAUGCUCAGCCCGCCUUCUCCUGAGCGUAUUGAAAAACCAUCACCUCCCCUAGCUCAGUUGCAGCUCUGGGAUCAGGAGGAUGAGCAGGAGCCAACCAAUCAGGAGGUCAUUGAGAGGCUUCAGGGAACAGUGACCUUGGUAGACAAGAUGAUAGAGUCCGGUGUUUUGGAAAGGAGGCUGAGGGAAGUGAAGGAUUUGGAGGAAAGGCUCCAUGAAGUGGAUGAGAUUGCAGAGAGACUUCAAGAAGUAAUAGAGCAAGAGUUGGGGAAGGAGGAAGUAGAACAUUUAAGAGAAGAAGAUGGAGAUUUACAGAAGGAUCAACUAAUACAAGUAGGAAGUAGUGAAAGAGUAGUGAAUAAAUCUGUGAGAAAGAUGGAGAUAAACGAGGAGGAUGAAGUGGAUGAACUGGAAGAGCAAAUAAAGCAGGUGUUUUUAAAGGGUUUGUUGCCCGAAGAAGAAGAGUCUCAGGUGAAGCAAGAGAAGGAAAAGGAAGUGACAGUUGAGACUCUGUCAGAUGAUAAUGUGAGAGAGAAGCUGAGGCAGAAAGGAAAGGAUUGGCAGGUUGAGGUGGAGGAGAAGUUUGGCACAGAUGUCAAUGGCACCACUUUGAUAGUGGCACAGCAGAAGGUGGUGCGUAGGACUAUGAAGAGAGUGACUAUUGUAGAUGAGAGAAGGCAACAGCAAGAAGAUGUAGAAGACCUGCAGGCGCAGUCCUCUGAGAUUUUAGAAAAACAAGAAAUACGGCACAAGUCAGAAUUGCAGGACGAGAGAACGGAGGGAGAGUUUACACAGAGACUGGAAGAUAAAGAUGUCUGGUUCAUUCUCUUUGACUGCCUUCCAUACAAAAGCCUUUUCAAACCACCAGUUACCGUUUUGCAACAUGCCCAAGUGGAUAGAGAUGAGGUCUUACAGACUGAGAUUACAGCAGUCAAAGAAAAAACAGAGAUUAUGGAAGAGGAGAGAAAUAUACAAGAAGAGGUGGCAUGGCAUGCACCAGAGUUCCCACCACCACAGACCAUCACAUACACAGAUAACUGGUUUGUGUUGCUGGAUAUUACUCCCAGAGAAAGACCUUAUGUGCCAUCAGUUGUUUGGACAGAUCAAGACCAGGUGGAUGCAGAAAUGUUUGUCUCUGUGGUUGGAACAACAGCAGCAGAUCAGAUUAGAGAAGUAGUCACUGAAGAGACAAAGAUAAUAGAAGAUGUACCAAGACUGGACCUUAUUCCAAGAGAGAGAUCAUAUGUGCCACCAGUUCUUUGGAAGGAAACAGACCAGGUGGAGGCAGAAAGUGUCUCUGUGGUUGGAACUGUUGCAGACCAGAUCAGAGAAGUAGUCAUUGAAGAAAGACAGAUAAUAGCAGAGACACCAAUACGACUACAAGAAAUUCCAGUGACAGCCAGAGAUGAUGACUGGUUUGUGUUGCUGGACGUUGUUCCCAGAGAAACACCUUAUGUACCACCAGUUAUCCCAAAGGCAAGUGACAAGGUGGUGGCAGAAAUGUUUGUCUCUGUGGUUGAAACUGCUGCCUCUGUGAUAAGAGAAGUAGUCGUUGAAGAGACGCCGAUCAUAGAGGAUCAUAAAAGGCAACUACAAGCAAUCACACAACCGCCAGUGACAGCCAGAGAUGAUGACUGGUUUGUGUUGCUGGAUGUUGUUCCAAGAGAGAGAUCAUAUAUUCCUCCAGUUACUGUUGUGGAGCGUGUUCAAGUGUCGCCUAGAGAGCGGGGUUCUCUGACUGAAAUAACAGCCAUUGAGCAGAGGGAUAAAAGAGUGGAAAUUCUUGAAGAACACACAGAAAUGAAACAACAGUGGAGUGAGCAAACAGUGGCACUGCCACAGGCUGAGAGAGAGAUAGACGACGACUGGUUUGUGCUGCUGGAUGUGUCUAUUAGAGAGACACGAUUUGUGCCACCAGUUACUGUGGCAGAGUAUGUUCAGGUUUAUCCUGAAGAAAGCAGCAUUUCUGCAGUGGAGUUGAAGAAGAAGGUUGUAGUGAUAGACAUUCUACAGAAAGAGGAAAAGAAGCUUCCCAUACAAAUUAUUCCAGAGCUGAAAACUUCCCCACUUGAGAGGGAGAGAGACGAUGACUGGUUUCUACUGCUGGAUGUUGUUCCUAGAGAAAUGUCACAUGUGCCUCCAGUUUCUGUGGCAGUGCCGCCCCAAAUGUAUCCACAGUUUGAACCUAAAAUUGAAGUGCAAACCACAGAGUGGAAAUUGCAGCAGGUUGAUGUUUGGCAGAUUAGUCCACAGCCGGCCCUGCCAAAGCCAGAGAGAGACGACUGGUUUGUGCUAUUUGAUGCAGUUCGAGAAGAACCAGUUAUACCACCAUCAGUUUCCCGUACUGAGAUUAUUCUGGACACGAAGAAGACACUUGAGGUUGAGGUGACGACCAUAGAGACUAGAAUGUGGAAAAAGACGGUAAUUGGUGAGGACAGCAGACAAGAUGAGACACGCUUGUCUGAAAUUAGGCCGAUCCAAAUGGCACCGCCAUCAGAGAGAGAACAAGGAGACGAUUGGUUUGUCUUGUUCGACAGCAUCCGAGAAAAGCCUGUUGUUGUCCCACCAGCAGCAACUCGGCGAAAGAUUGAGGAUGAUUUGUUAAUUCCUUCAAAUGUGGCCUCUAGGAAAUCAGUGGCUGUGGUUGAGAAUAUUUUCAGUGAUUUGGGAACCACUAGAAGAAAGCUGGAAGAUGAUUGGUUUAUUCUUCUGGAUGUGGCUCCUAAGAAAUCAGUCGCUGUCCGUGGGCAUGUCCACUUCCCUGAGCAUGUCCAGUUCCCAGCAAAGGCCAGAGUUCCACCUGCUGUAGCCAAAACAAAGAUCACCAUUUCUGAGACAGGACCGCAGUUUGAGAAACGGAUCCUGGACGAAAGACGCCCGCUCAUAAAUACAUUUGUCACUGAUGAUUGGUUUGUUCUACUAGAUGUUGACCUCAAACAGCCAGUGGUGACCACCCAGAGGGGUGCGCGUCCUGUCAGCGCUCCAGUCUUCUCCCAGACUGCUCUGGCUGAGGCUGGCAUCCCCAUGGGGCCUUUCGACCAGCCGCAGACUUCCACCCCAAUCAGGGCCAGCCGCUUGGAGGAGAGAAAGCUGGAGGUCACGGUCGAAGCUGUGGAACCCUCAAAAAUCGAGGAGGGGGCUGAGGUCAAGCCAGCAGUGUGGAGGGAUUCUUCACUGAUUUCCACCAUCAAUGGGUACAUUCAGCACCAGUCAGAGGUCACAAGCACGGAGGUGGUGCGAAUGCGAAAGAAAAGAGCAAAGAAAAUUGAGGGUGGCUCAAUUUAUAUGAGACAUAGCAUUUUAAUGUUGGAGGAUUACGAUAAGCCUCAGGAGGAACUGCUGAGACAUCAUGCCAGUAUCAGUAAGCUAAAGAAGAACUUCAUGGAAGCCGUCCCAGAGCCCAGGCCCAGUGAGUGGGACAAGCGCCUGUCCACACACUCUCCGUUUCGCACCUCGGGCAUCAAUGGUCAGCCUCUGACGAGUGCAGAUGGGAGUGUGUGCAUUAGCUCCACAUGCAAUGGUUCAGACACAAAGGCUGCGUAUGAGGAAACCAGCAGCUGUUUGGGCUCGUCGGGCUCACCCUGGUCCACCGUGUGCUCCACAAGUGAGCCUGAUAGUGUCGGAGCCCACAGUGCUCCCAUUGAGGAAGAGUCAUGUGAUCAAGAAGAGGUUGUAGUUUUUGAGACGUCCUUGGUGCCCAUCGUAGAGGUGGAGAUGGCACAAUUGCCUGCCUCCCUCGAACCAGAGUGUAAAGCUUUAGAUGAGACCCGGGAGGAAGACGGCUCAGGUCCUGGACUGUCCAAUUGCUCUGGGGGGAUAGUUGGAUCUUCCCCAGCCUCCUAUUUCAGGAGCGAUGGUCCGCAGGUCAUACGCUGCUUCCAGCCGCCUCUGGUGCAGACCCAGACAGUCACCAUCACAGCUGCCUCCAACUCCCUACCCACUGGCAUCUCCACCACAGAGGUCCCUAUCAUCCCAACCAAGACCUUCACCUAUGAGUCUUCAAAGGUGGCAGUGGACGGGACAGACGAGGACAAAGAUGUCUCGACUGUGUCCAGCUCCAAGACUGUUACCUCAGAGAGUGUCAGUGGCACCACAGUCACCACCACUACCACUCACAUCUCAAAGGUAGUGAAAGUUGGAUCUUCAGAGACUCGUAUGGAGAAGAGGAUUGUCAUAACUGCAGACUCUGACUUUGACCAAGAUAAGGAGAAACAUGGCGGAGCAUCAGCAUUGUAACUGAAAUCACCGGUUUCACUUAUUCCACCUUCGACAUCCCGUCAUCAGAGCGCAGUGACCGACUCGCACUCAUCAGCUCGAUCGACGCACACAAAUAUCCAAAAAAGAAAUAUCCCACAAAUCUACAACUGAAGUUAUUAAUAUUAUCACUGAGUAGAUGAGAAUUGGUAGAUUUUAUUUAAUGUUUUCAGUGAAGCUGUUCAUUAUAGGUAGAGGAGGGGCGUACACAUAUGGAUUUUUAUUUUUUUUUUUUAAGUUAAAUGCUUAUCCUUAUGUUCAAAAUGCUUAGCAAAUACACUUUUACUGGCUCCAGACAGAAUUUUCCGUUCUGUGAUCUCAGUUACCUUUGCUUUGAAUGCUUUUAUUUUUUUUUCGCUGGUUGUUUUCAAGUUAUUAGUUAUUAUACAAAUGCACUGAAUAUUUUAGUUUAGACACCACUAUCAGCAUUUCUCCCCUUGGUGCUGCUAGGGGAACGUUAAGACUACAUUCAAGGGAACUCUCUGUUUUGUUGUUAACUUGACAAUACCUCACAUUAACAUGUGAACAAAGUUAUUCUGUGCUCAAAUUUGGACAGCGCGUUCCCUUUGUUCACUGCUCAGGGACCAAAAACAAACAAAGCCUACAUCUUUUGUUUUUCCCUUCAAACCAAUAGCUUACACAUUCUUGUAAAGUUUGGAUUGAAAAUGGAUCUAUUUUGAAAUAGUUCUCUAUUUUAUAGAAUUGAUGCUUUUAUAAUGUUUGUACAAAUUGAGGUUUUUAAGUUAUUCACUCAUGAAAUUGUUUACCACUUUGCUGGGGUUUGAGGUCCCUAUCGAUUAAGACCUCAACAGCCUGAAUCAUUCUUAUGUUUCCUCUCCACCAGGUCACACCUUUCACAGUUUUAACUAUGGAGUGCUUCCCUCAGCCUCGUUUUAUUCAGUAGAAUAGAAGUCAUUAUUGCUUUGAAUAUAUUUGGUUGAUUAAAAGUUUUACAAGCUUUGGUCUGUUUAUCUCAGGUUUUGAUAUUCUUUGUAAGACUACAGACCCCCUCAUGACUGUAUGUGGAAUAUAUGUAUAGCCAUCUCUAUUAUUACUACAUACAUGUACACUUAUGUUCAGCCAAGUGAUGUCAGUUCAUAUUUAAGCUCAUUUUUCACAGUAACCACGUAUGUAAGCAGUGAAGGCAGCUGUCCCAGUAUGUGUGGCUUUUCUUUCGUAGGAGCACAGGUUGUCUUUUUUUUAUUUUACAUCUUCUGCUAUACAGUCACUUAUUUGUAAAUUAGGGAAAGUUUAAUGUGAUUUGAUGUAUUGUGAUGUUCAACACCAGCUCGUUUCCAGACUUAACACAAAAAAUUGUUGAAUAUUUGAUUCAUUAUCAACCAAGUUUGUAAAGCCUUCUUACCAUAUAGUCUUAGGAAAACGCUCUCUCACUUGCUGUUUUCAUGUGCUUUUCCAUAGAUGAGGACAUACUUUAAAACAUCUAAACCCCCCCCCCCCCCCUUUUUUUUAGGUAGAAUGUUUGUCAGCAAACCUUUUUCAAUGCCCUAAUGUAAUUUUAAUUACAUGAACAGCAGUAAAUUGUCCUGGAAGAAAAUGUAGAAUUUCACACUGAGAAAAAUAGUUUUUAGACGUUGGAAAAAUAUUGUUGCUUUGUGACUUAUCACUCUUUUUAUGGAAAAAAUAAAUAAAAUAUGCAUUGUUUUGCA